UCCUCGUCCCUGGGAAGGAGAUGGUUCUGGAGGGGGAUAGAGGAAAAGGGGGAAGGGGGAGGGGAAAGGAGGAAGGGCAAGGAGCAGGAGGAGGGGAGAUGAGGUCAGGGUGUGAGCCUCUGAGCCCCUUCCCCUGCCCAAGGGAGCAGCUCAGCCCAGCUCUGGAGGGGUCAUCAUGGGACCGUGCCCACUGGGAGGGCACCGGUCUGGAGACAGUGGGUUCAUAGUGGGAGUGGGAUGGGGGUGGGAACACUGGGGACAGAGGACUUGACUUCCUGAGGUUGGAUGUUGUAAUCUUGGUUCACAAACUUUUGGCCUCAGUCCCUCCUGUUGCUCCUGGUAUUUCUCUGUCCCUUCACUUCCCAACACACACACACACACACACACACACACACACACACACACACACACAGAGCUUCUUUCUGUCUGGGAGUCCCUGGACAAGUCCCAUGGGAUUUUGCACUGGGAGGAACAGCAUAAGGCGUGAACGUGGAGGACAGUUUCCCUUUCAGGUCCCGGCUCUCUUCACUUUCCUGUAAGCGGCCACCCUGGAACUCUCCUGGAGACCUGAUGCCCGCAGCUGAGCUGCCCGCAGGAGCCGGUGCUGGGGACUGAGGGAGACUUAGGGUUCAGAGAGGAGGUGUGAUUGGCCUGAGGUCACACAGCAAGUUAGAGACCCAGCUCCACGACUCACUGUCUUGGCUUUGGCCCUCGUCAUCCUGCCCACCCAGCGGGGCCUCCCAAUCCGCCACACGGCCAUGGAUGGGAAAGUGGCAGUGCAGGAGCAUGGGCCUCCUGCGGUCUCCUGGGUCCCCGAGGAGGGAGAGAAGUUGGACCAGGAAGACGAGGACCAGGUGAAGGAUCGGGGCCAAUGGAACAGCAAGAUGGAGUUUGUGCUGUCAGUGGCCGGGGAGAUCAUUGGGCUGGGCAAUGUCUGGAGGUUUCCCUAUCUCUGCUACAAAAACGGAGGUGGAGCCUUCUUCAUCCCCUACUUCAUCUUCUUCUUUGUCUGCGGCAUCCCGGUGUUUUUUCUGGAGGUAGCGCUGGGCCAGUACACCAGCCAAGGGAGUGUCACAGCCUGGAGGAAGAUCUGCCCCCUCUUCCAGGGCAUUGGUCUGGCGUCUGUGGUCAUUGAGUCAUAUUUGAAUAUCUACUACAUCAUCAUCCUUGCCUGGGCUCUCUUCUACCUGUUCAGCUCCUUCACCUCUGAGCUGCCCUGGACGACCUGCAGCAACGUUUGGAACACAGAGCACUGCGUGGACUUUCUGAACCACUCGGGAGCUGGCACAGUGACCCCAUCUGAGAAUUUUACCUCACCUGUCAUGGAAUUCUGGGAGAGACGAGUUCUGAGCAUCACCUCAGGUAUCCAUGACCUGGGCGCCCUGCGCUGGGAGCUGGCCCUGUGCCUCCUGCUCGCCUGGGUCAUCUGCUAUUUCUGCAUCUGGAAGGGCGUCAAGUCCACAGGCAAGGUGGUUUAUUUCACAGCCACGUUUCCCUACCUGAUGCUUGUCAUUCUGCUGGUCCGAGGUGUUACCCUUCCCGGGGCCUACCAGGGCAUCAUCUAUUACUUGAAGCCAGAUUUGUUCCGCCUCAAGGACCCUCAGGUGUGGAUGGAUGCGGGCACCCAGAUCUUCUUCUCCUUCGCCAUCUGCCAGGGGUGCCUGACAGCCCUGGGCAGCUACAACAAGUACCACAACAACUGCUACAAGGACUGCGUCGCUCUCUGCUUCCUGAACAGUGCCACCAGCUUUGUGGCUGGGUUUGUUGUCUUCUCCAUCCUGGGCUUCAUGUCGCAAGAGCAGGGGGUGCCCAUUUCUGAAGUGGCUGAGUCAGAGGCAGGUUUUCCUCCGGUGGCGUUAGGGACGGAUGCUGGGCUUCAGGCUUACCUGUCAGUGUCAGCCAACCCAGGGGGAAGGAGAGGCCCUUUCCUGAGAGGCGGGAUGUACAUCUUCCAGCUGUUUGACUACUAUGCUUCCAGUGGCAUAUGCCUGCUGUUCCUCUCAGUGUUUGAAGUGGUCUGCAUCAGCUGGGUGUACGGUGAGUGGGGUGGAUUUGUCUGUGUGGAGUGCCUGGUGACAGCCUCCGUAGACAUGUUCCCCAGGCAGCUCCGGAAGAGCGGGCGGCGGGAGCUCCUCAUCCUCACCAUCGCCGUCACGUGCUACCUGAUAGGGCUCUUCAUGGUCACCGAGGGAGGUGUCUCACUCACCCAAGUGGGUCUCUCCCAAACACCGGGCAGCUGUUCUCACCCUCUGGCUCACGCUCUCCCACACCACGUCUGCUCAGGGGCGGACCGUUUCUAUGACAACAUUGAGGACAUGAUUGGCUACCGGCCAUGGCCCCUGGUGAAGAUCUCCUGGCUCUUCCUCACCCCUGGACUUUGCCUGGCCACCUUCUUCUUCUCCUUGAGCAAGUACACCCCCCUCAAGUACAACAACGUCUACGUGUACCCGCCCUGGGGAUACUCCAUUGGCUGGUUCCUGGCUCUGUCCUCCAUGGUCUGUGUCCCACUCUUCACCGUCAUCACCCUCCUGAAGACUCAGGGUUCUUUCAAGAAGCGCCUGCGUCAGCUCAUCACCCCUGACUCCAGUCUGCCACAGCCCAAGCAACACCUCUACUUGGAUGGCAGCGAUGGCCGGGACUUUGGGCCCUCCCCAGCAAAGGAAGGACUGAUAGCCGGGGAGAAAGAGACCCAUUUGUAGGGUGUAGCCAGAGGUCAGGCGGCUCCUAAGCCGGGAACCUAGGUCAGGGCCACCCUCCAUUCUCAGCGGACAGCCUCUGCCUCUGUCUCCUGCCACCGUCCUGCUGGGAACCUCUGGAGAGCCACAGGCACCCCCAGCUGGAGGCCAGGCUCCUCUCCUGUGCUAGCUGGAGCAGCUCCUUCCCCUGUGCUGACAGCACUACCACUGGGACGCGCCAUGUUGGGAAGCCAUCCCUGUGGGGCGGCACCAUCGUUUUUAUAAAGGGGGGUCUUUUUGGAGGCCACCAUCUGAUUGUAACGCCUCGAGUUAUGAGGAAUCCGCUGUGGGGGUGGCUCUUGUUAGAGCUUACUGCAUUUGUACACCGGGAGAGGAGCUCUAACUGGAAUGCGCACUGCCGUCCGAUGUGGAGAGCCUGAUGGGACAUACCCUGUUGGAAGUGACACUGAGCAACUGCGCUGGAUCGGAGGUUCCCUUAGGGGUUCUUCCUUAGGCUUAACCACAGAGGCAAAAGCCUUCACACGCCGACAGGCUGGAGUCUCCUCCGAGUCUCUCAUGGCAUGUCCAGCCCCCGCCCUAGUUCCACACUGUUCUUGUGGUGUUUCAUCAGCUCCUGGAGCAUUGGAAUGGAGGGGGCUUAGGAGAUGAUUCCUAGACUUCACAGACACACGGCAUGCCUCCCGUACUGUGCAUUCCACUGCCCAAGGCCGACAUUGCUAACUGAUCACAGACUCUUUCCCACCUCACAAUCCUUCCGAAUGCGCUCCAGGCAGCACCGUUUGGCAUCCUGCUUCUAACGCAAACCGCUGACUUCAUGGAUGAAGAACCUGGAGACCAAAGAGACAAAGAGACUUUUUCAAGUUCACAUGGCUUCUUGGGGGCCAGAGAUAUGACUAAAACCUUAUCUCCUUUGCUCAGGCCAGUGUCUACCCAUUAACCCCCCUGCCUUAGUUAACAAGUGUGUAUGGAUUGCCUGCCAUG